UAUCGGCUCUGAGUACAUACUCCGCCAUUACUGUCUUACUGACUAUGAGACUAUCACAGUAACAGUAUAGACGACCCUGCUCUGCUCUGUAAGGAGCAAAGCAAAUCCUGACUCAACCCAGAACCCGGAACCCUCGGAGUCUGAUGUUAAAUAAGAGCAGAAACAACAAGAGUCCACAGUUGAUAAGCAAGCUUUCUCAUUUGUGGAUAAUGGCUACCUUGGUUGAGUGACGUGGCUUUCGUUUUCCACCGUCUGAUGAUCCGUCCCACCAAACUGCGCCACAGAUAAGGCUUAGCUUUGCCAUGCGUUGUUUUCAGGAUUCAGGAGUCAGCAGGAGUCAGGACUAAUAACAGCGAGAAAGAACAGUAGUAGAUACCAGAUUGUUCGAGUUAUCGACAGAGAAAAAGUGAUAAUCUUGCUUGUUCAAAUUCAAGGAUCUUAGUGUCAUCCUACUCCUACGAUGGCGAUGACAAAGGAAGGGAAAGGCCCAGCUGCUCCUCUGCUUGAACCAUCAUCGCCCACGGGUACAUCUUCGGUUCAAACCCUAGGAAACAUCAUCGUCUCUAUCGUCGGCACCGGCGUCUUAGGCCUCCCUUUCGCCUUUAAAGUCGCCGGUUGGCUCGCUGGAUCUCUCGGGGUCAUCAUUGCCGCUCUGUCGACUUACUACUGCAUGCUCCUCCUUGUUCACUGCAGAGACAGGUUAGCAUCAGAAGAAGUUCAUACGUAUGGUGACUUGGGUUUCAAAGCCUUCGGAAGGACAGGUCGGUAUCUGACGGAGUUCCUUAUUUGCAUCUCCCAAUGUGGUGGCUCCGUUGCUUAUCUCGUCUUCAUCGGCCAAAACCUCUCAUCCAUAGUGGGCACCCAUACCUUGACAUUGUCUUCUUGCAUAUUCCUUCUCGUCCCCGUCGAAAUCGCUCUCUCGUGGAUUCGUUCUCUCUCCGCUCUCUCCCCUUUCAGCAUCUUCGCAGACAUCUGCAACGUGUUGGCGAUAGCGAUCGUCGUUAAGGAAGACCUCCAGUUGUUUGACGGUUUUUCUAAGAGAGAGGUGAUUACAAGCGUUGGCGGGUUGCCGUUCGCCGGAGGGGUGGCGGUGUUUUGUUUCGAGGGUUUUGGAAUGACUUUAGCGUUGGAAGCGUCAAUGAGAGAGAGGAAGAAUUUCCGGUGGGUGCUGGGACAGGCGUUCACUGGGAUUACGCUUGUGUACGUGCUGUUUGGGUUCUUUGGUUACUUGGCUUACGGUGACCAAACUAGAGAUAUUAUUACUCUUAACCUCCCAAAGAACUGGUCGGCCACCGCUGUAAAGAUAGGACUGUGCGUGGCGCUAGCAUUCACAUUCCCGAUAAUGAUGCACCCGAUUCACGAGAUCGUGGAGGGGAAGCUGAAAGAGACGAGUUGCUUUCAGAAACUAUGCGGAGGCGAUUGGAUUGGCGGUGGAGGAGGAGGCGCGGCGGAGAAGACUGCAAUCUGCUUGAGCCGAGCGUUGCUGGUGCUGGCGUUGGCGGUGGUAGCGUCCUGCGUGCCGGGAUUUGGGGUGUUCGUGUCUUUUGUGGGGAGCACAGUGUGUGCACUGCUAUCUUUCGUGAUGCCCGCCAUGUAUCAUCUGGUGUUGUUGGGGCCCAGCUUACGUCUCUGGCAAAGAGCCUUGGAUUUCUGCCUUGUGGUCUGUGGUCUAGCUUUCGCUGCAUACGGCACUUACAAUGCCACCACUUCUCUGGGCACCUCCUAACCUAAGUCAGUCAAAUCAUCAUACAUUCAUGAGUCAUGACCAUGGUGGGUUUUACAGGCUGCUGAAACUGCUUAUCGUCGACCCAUUGCCUGCAGUCUGCAGUGGUGAAAGGAAGAACAACAAAUGUGUAUCUAUGUCGAUUAUGGCGGAUGAUCAGAGUUUGGUUGUCCUGAUUGUCCUUAUUAUCUUUGAUUCUUUUGUCCUUUAGCCAUUUGUAACUUUAUAUUUCAGAUUUUGGCUGCUUGCCCAUAUGGCCAUAACUCGCUCAUCUCUAAAAUGGCACAUGCCUUGCGUCAGGUCAAAUGUGAAAUGCUCUUUUUUUUA